AUGGUGUCCCGGGACAAACUACAAGUCUUUCUACGAGCGCGGCCUCCGAAACGAACAUCAUUAGGACCACAGACACAAGAACACAACAAGCCAUUAGUCAGGCGUAUGCACGGUGGUGCGGUUGUCGUCAUCGGGAUGACAUUUGUCGAGGAACAACACGAGGAACGUUUACGGUCUCGUCCAUUGGAUAAUGUACAGAAGAAACUUGGAUGCGGCAGAGAUGGAAGAGGAAUGUACCGCGACGAAAAUCAAGCACAACAAUCGCGGAACUAUUAUCAACGGAAAAAAUGUACAUUUCUCCGCUCGUUCCUGAAACGGACAACGACAUAA